GUCGUAGUAAACUGGUGGGUAGUUUGUCGUGGAAGUAUGGAUGCAUGUUUAUGUUGAAGUCAACUUAAGUAGACUUUUUUUUUACCCUUUUGAAAGUUUUUUCAAAACUUUUUUUAAUGAAUUUUUUUAGUAAGGCUUUUUUAUUUUCAUUGUCAUUUUUAUUUUUCCAGGGUUUUUUUUUCCAGAAGUUCUUUUUCUAGCAAGUUAAAAAUCCAUGCACUUUAACACCUCUCUCUCUCUCUCUCUCUCUCUCUCUCUCUCUUUUGGCAGGUGAGAUCAGUUGUUGCCUUUGAAUGAGUGUGUUUGUUAAUUAAUAGUUAAAUUGUAGCAUGGUGAUUAUUAUGUGAUUCCAAUCGGAUUGUAGGGUUGCUUUUGUUUCUAAAUCCAAAACAAGCAAACAAAAAGCUUUGGAGGAGUUGGAGUCUACUUUCCCAACGUUAACUUUUUAAAAGUGAACCAGGAAAGAUAAAUUGAUAUAAUUGGUGGAGAGGGCAGCUCUUUUUCAGAAUGGUUGCAACCAGCAGUUUAAACAAUAAAAACUCUGCAUGCAUCUCUGAAUUGAUACAGCAGCGUUUCCAGCAUGCAGCCAUAACAGACUUUGACUACUGGGAUUAUGUAGUGCCAGAACCCAAUUUUAAUGAGAUGGUAUUUGAGGAACGGACAUGUCAGAUUCUAGUGAGGAUGCUGGAGCGUUCCCUGUCUAAAUCCAAGCAGACUAGACUUCAUUGCUCAAGGGUUCUAGUCCCUGAGAAACUGACCAGGAGGAUAGCCCAGGAUGUCUUGCGUCUCUCUUCAACGGAGCCUUGUGGUUUAAGAGGCUGCAUUAUUCAUGUCAACCUGGAAACAGGAAAUGUAUGUAAAAAGCUGGAUAAAAUUGUUUAUGACCCUACUGUUGUUCCUACUUUUGAGCUAACGCUAGUAUUCAAACAAGACAAUGGUUCGUGGCCUAGUUUCAGGGAUUUCUUCCCCAGAGCUUGCUUUACUUCCAGCACUAAGCAUACCCUGAUCCUGAGUCCUGGAUUUCGGCUAAUAAAGAAAAAAUUAUAUUCUUUGAUUGGGACAGUGGUAGAAGAAUGCUAAAACAACAACCAACCAAUCAACCCCCAAGUUUUAAUAACUGAGCCUAAAGCCAUUAGGAAUAUGACUUAAUUUUUUGAACAUGAUGCUGACUUUUGCACAAUGUACUUAUAUCUCCCUAGGCUGGCAAAAUCUCAAUGCUGCUAGCUGGUACUAGGUAGAAUUGGAAAGAGCACAGCUACUAAUACUUGAAACAUUCCUCAGUGAGCAUCCCUUUGGCAAACCUGUUAGCCAACCUGAUUGCUGCUUAUUGCUAGAAAUUGUACAAAAUGUUAUCUUUGCAUAGUUGAUGCCUUCAAAAGCCAAAUUAGGCCACAUUCCCAUUAUAAAUAGAAUCAGAUUGCUGAGCGAAUUAAAUGACCCUAGUUCCCAUUUGAAACUGGUUCCUGUCACGAUGUGAUCGAAUCUGUCAUGCUGAAGCGAGGCAAAGGAAAAAGAGGUUCUUUUGAAAGAUUGUGAUUCCAAAGCUUGUCCAGCAAAUGGGAAUGAAAGAUUGGAAUCACAGCAUUCUGGAGGGGAAGAACUGAUGGAAGAGGGGUGUUUAACAUCUCUCCCCAUUUUUGGGGAGAUGUCAUACCCCCCAGUGCUGUUUUGUCAUUAUUGGUGUGAUGUUUGGUUCCUUUUUUAAAAAUAAUAAUAAAACUAAGCGCUUAAGCGACAGAAUGGUUUAGCAACUACUUGCAAAGGUGCGAAACCACUCUGUCACUUAAGCACUUAAAUGUAUUUACAACAACAAUAACAAAAAGAAAACAUGCCCUGUCCUCCUUCUCACAGGCCUCCCUGGGUCCCGGUACCCUUCAUUUCUGUCCUCCUCCUCCUCCUCUUCUCCCUUGCCGGCCUGGCAAUGUCCCUUCCCUGGCCCCCAAGAUCCCUUCCCAGCCUUGCCUCCAUCUCAUCCUCAUCCUCUUCUCUUCUCCGCUCCCCUGCCUUGCCUUGCUCCAUUGCCAUCCUCCUUGUCACACCAUCUCAACUUCCAACCCCCCCCCCCCUUUUCCAAGCCAGGCUAACAUCAGAUGAUUGAGUUUAAAGCAGUGCUGCCAGUGGGAACCACAAUCGCCUUAAAAAAAGCAAUCACACAGGGUAAGGAAACAAACCCCUUUCAUAAUGAGAACUAGGGGUCUUUUGAAAUCGCUUUCCAAACAGGGGCAGGAGCGAAUCACAAAGUGAUUCAUCUUGCCAUUGAGAAUGACCCCUUAUUCUGCCUUCUAAGGCUAAGGUUAUUCUAAGGCUGGAUUUUAUUUUUUAAGAACAGCCACUAGGAAAUAACCCAGUGUCCAUCUGAGUAUGUAUGGCAAUUUAACAGGAAUGAUGUUUCCAGCUGUUACUUGAAGCAGUCGUGGUGCUAUCUAAUAGACAGCGAUAACAGAUGUUCUUGGGAAGAUGCUAACUAAUAUGAAAGUUUUGAUAAAGAGUUUCUUUGCUAUGCAAGGUAAUUCUGCUACUCUUUCUGGCCUAGUAACAGUUUGCAUAAUCUCUGAGUGUCAUAUAAAUGCCUUAGAUUGAGAUCAGGUUGUCUUCCAGGUUAAUUGGCCCCUCUGACAUGUGGUGGUGAAGUCUAUAUACUGCAUGAUGUCAAAUAACAGUUAUUCUGCAUUCAACCUAGUAGGACAUAUACUGGUUAUGCUCACAGAGUAUGGUUGAUCUGCCUCAGCUCCAUUUUAAAAAAUAAGAAUAUUGCUCUCCUUUGACCCUACCUCCCAACUUGUUGAAAUAACUAUCCACACAAUCCCUUUUCUAGGAUUUUCGUGCUUAUCAGUGGCCUCUAAAAAGAUAGUUGAUGAAGCAAUUGCUCAGAGCUGUUUGGGGUAACAGUUCUCAAGACCAGCCAGCCAGCAUGUCCACUAUCCAUGAUGGCUGGGGAAGGGUUCUGUAGGUUCUUCCAAGCUCUUAGUAAUUGUCUGAAAACUGAAGAUCCAAUUGAUGUGAUGUAAUCCUGUAAAUAGUGUAGGAGACAGUGUUAAAUAACUGCAUCACUACUUAAAUAAAUGCCAUGGGAUCUCUCAUAAAUCUGCUCCAUAAAAGAGCUCACCCAAUCCUCAUGAUUUUGUUCCCUCUUAGCAUUUUAUGACAAAGCUCUUUUUCGUUUUAAUAUUCCACAGCUAAAGAGCCCGAAAGACCAGUGGAACAUCCAAUCCUUUCCUAGUUUUUCCCCCACCCAUGUGUGCUGCAGAGACAGGCCUAUAAGGAUGAGAUAAAUUUUCAUAAUCUCAGGAGCAAAUUCUGUAUGGGUCUUCGUACCACAUCUUACACUUUCUCUCGGGGGGUGAACAGUGUUAGGGCAAUAAUCUUUGUCUUUGAAAGGCUUAUAACCUUUUAAAACAUGAGGGUGAGAGAGGCUUUCUUUCAGCUUGAUCACUCCAGGUCUUCUGCUGGCUUCUCUCCUCCUUCUUAGUUGCCCAUGGUUGCCAUAUUAGAAACCCACUAAGUUGGCAUGGGUAGCCAGCAUCCAAUUAGAUGUUAUUGUUAUAGGUUCUUUUAAAUACCUCUUAAUUCAGUGAUCUUGUACUUUACAGCAUUAAGAUCUAAGCUUCAUGUGCUGGUACAAAUGAUCAAUAUUAACAAAUGUCAGAAAAGCAGCCAAUAAGGGACCAGAUCCUAACAUAGGAGUGGGGAAUGUCUGAAUCACCAGAUGUUUUAGACCUCAGUUUCCAGAAGCCCAGGCCAGCAUGGCCAAUGUUAAGGGAUUAUGAAGUCAAAAACAUAGAAGGCCUAACCAUCCACAGCUUUGUCCUGAACCAUGUAUAGCCAUGGAGAUGUGGAAACAAGAAGAAACUGCUAUAAUGUCAUGCCUUUUUUUUGUUGUUGUUCAUAUGUGCUCAUUUUGUAUCAUGUCCUAUGUGCAAGAAGAAAGAAAAAAAUAGCAGUCCUAGAAGGUGAUGCUCCUGACUUUCUUUUAGAGUCUUUAUAGGAGAUAAACUGAUAUAGUUUUUUGUGGGUUUUUUGGGCUAUGUGGCCAUGUUCUAGAAGAUUUUCUUCCUGACAUUUCACCAGCAUCUGUGG